AUGCCCUAUUCCCUAACUUGGAGCAAGGGCAGUGGCAAUGCUCAGAGCUGGGGAAUGGCUAUCGCUCACAUUGACGACAGUCAGAAGGUUUUUGGUCCAGCAAAUAGCGCCAUUCCCAAUUCGCCCUACUCGUACUAUAUCAACCCGCUGGGCAUUCAAUCACUUAUCAUGUCUGCGAGCGAGUUUGGAUCAAGCACCGUGAUGACGUCCGAUUCCUUACUGGAAUUCUCUGCCAAUAUCCAUCUUCAACCCUCGGCAGGCUCCUCUUCCAUGCUCACUAUGCCCGUGGUUCAGGGAAUGGGCUUUGUUACUGGUCGAUACACCAAUCUGCAACCCGCGUUGCAGAGCAGUGUCUUCUUCCGGAAUGUCGCGGCCGCUGGGGAACCCAAGCCUGGCAUUUACAAAUACAGGGCCACCCUGGAAGACGGGAAGGUUUGGCUCAUAUAUGCAAUCCCAACGACGGGCGGCUCUCCAAACUUCCAGCUCGUGUCCAGCACCCUGCUCCAGGGGAUUUCGAACUGGUAUGGUGACAUUCAAAUCGCAAAGCUCCCUGAUGCAAGCCUGGAAUCAAUUUACGACAGUGCGGUUGGCGCCUAUCCGACAGCGGGACAUAUCGCCGGGUACGCACACGGAGCUGCAGCUCAAUAUAGUCUGUCGUGGAGCAAGGGCGGCGCAUACUCCAGCAAUGCCACCCUCUUGAUGUUCGCUCUGCCUCAUCAUGUUGACUCAUUCGACGCCAUCACCCAGGCAGCCAUCACAGACCUGCGACUGAGUACCACCACCAAAGGCAAUGCCACUGCAGUGGUCGCGGAUUACUGGGUAUUGGAAGAGGCAGAACUGCCAACCACUCUCGACUUUGCCCCUUGGAGACCUGGCACUUCCACCGAGAAUUUGGUCGCGUUGUCUUCAGCAGCCAUUUCGGCCAUCCAGAGCGUGGCUGCCACAGAAGCCUCUCAAAACAUGUCUGCCCAGACCAAUCUCGACAGUAUGUACUACAGCGGAAAGGCUCUCAGCAAGUUCGCGACGCUUGUGUAUACCAUGCACGACCUCGCCGGCCAGCAGGACCUGGCCAAAUCGGCUCUGCUUGAACUCGAGAGUUGCUUUGAAGUCUUCUCUGCCAACCAGCAAGAAUAUCCUCUGGUCUACGAUACCGACUGGAAAGGCAUGGUGUCGUCAGCAAGCUACGUUACGGGAGACUCGGGCGUGGACUUUGGAAACUCGUACUACAACGACCAUCAUUUCCACUAUGGCUACUUCCUGCACGCGGCCGCCAUCAUCGGUUAUCUCGAUCCUACCUGGCUCGAUGCGCACAAGGAUUAUGUCAAUGCCCUGGCCCGGGAUGUGUCCAAUCCCAGCUCGCUUGAUCAAUACUUCCCGGUGUUUCGGUCCUUUGAUUGGUAUCAUGGUCAUUCCUGGGCGAAAGGUCUUUUCGAGUCCGGCGACGGCAAGGAUGAAGAAUCGUCAUCUGAAGAUGCCAUGUUCGCUUAUGGUCUCAAGAUGUGGGGCAAAACCAUUGGCGAUGCCUCGAUGGAAGCCCGGGGCAAUCUGAUGCUGUCUGUUCUUGCACGCAGUUUGCAGAGUUAUUUCCUGAUGACCUCGGACAAUGUCAAUCAACCAGCCGGUUUCAUUGGCAACAAAGUGACGGGGAUUCUGUUUGAAAACAAGGCCGAUCAUACCACUUACUUUGGCACCGAUUUCAGCUACAUUCAAGGCAUUCACAUGAUCCCUAUCAUGCCUUUCUCGACGUUGACCCGGACACAGCAAUUCGUGGAGGAAGAGUGGGCGACCUACUUUGCAGAUGGUGCGGUGAGACAAGCGUCUGACAUUACAGGAGGCUGGAAAGGUAUUGUAUAUGCAAAUCUGGCGAUAGUUAACCCGACAGCAGCAUACAACUUCUUCACCCAGUCAGACUUCGACAUGAGUUGGAUUGAUGGAGGAGCUACUCGAACAUGGUACAUUGCACUGAGUGCCAUGCUUGGAGGGGCUUCGUGA